AUGCUCACAAUGUAUACUUUGAUUCCUUACUUCUUGACCCUGACACUCGCUAUGCUCCUAUGCAACUUGGUUUUGCCAAAGUGUUCGAUCUCAUUGACAGAGAAUGUAUACAAAGAAGGCGAUAUGGUGCUCAAUUUUUUCUUACCACUUUAUGUUUAUCAAACCUCCCAACAUACUGAAGGUGCAGAGAGUACACACAUUUAUCCACGGAUCAGUCUCAAUAAUUAUCAAUUUGUGAUGGCUUUGUUAUUUGCCACUGAGGAGAUCAAUAAGAAUUCCCUUCUUUUACCUAACAUGUCUUUGGGAUACAGUAUCUACAUUGCUGGGCCAACUCAAAAAGAUACAGUGCACAAUCUCCUCACUUGGCUCACAGGGCAGGAAAAUUUCCUCCCAAACUACAACUGCAAAAAAGAAGAAAAAUCUGUGGCAGCAAUAACAGGACAAACAUGGGAAAUCUCUUUACUAAUUGGCACAGUUUUGGGACUUUAUAAAUAUCCACAGCUGACCAUUGGACCUUUUGAACCAAAAAUGAAUGACCCUGUGAAGUUUCCUUCUCUGUAUCAGAUGGCCACAAAGGAAUCUUCUCUGGCCUUAGGCAUGGUCUCAUUGAUUGUUCAUUUCAGGUGGAACUGGGUGGGGCUGAUCACUUCAGAUGAUGACAAAGCUGUUCACUUUGUCUCAGACUUAAUACCAGAGUUGGAAAGAAACACAGUCUGUGUGGCCUUUAUAGAAAUGAUCUCAGUCACCCAUAUGUUCUUCAUGAAUGUCAAUGAUGUCUACAAUAGCCCAAUUGUGAGAAAAUCAGCCAAAGUUAUCAUCAUUUAUGGUGACAGUGAUUCCUCCUUAGGUGUGUUUUUUAGAAGAUGGGAACAUAUACUUCCAUGGAGAAUCUGGGUCACCACUUCACAAUGGGAAGUCACUACUGCUAUGAGACAUUUUAUGCUUGACUCAUUCCAUGGGACUCUAAUAUUUUCACAACACCAUGGUGAAAUUAUUACUUUUAAAGACUUUGUAAAGACAGUCACCCCUGCUAAAUACUCAAAUGACAUUUUCCUUGCAAGGUUGUGGGAGAUUUAUUUUGAUUGUGCACUCUCUAAUGGUACCUGUAAAUCGUCAAAAAAUUGUUCAUCUAGAGGUUCUCUGGAAUGGUUACCUUGGUACCACUUUGACAUGGCCAUGAGUCCUGUCAGUUACCAUGUGUACAAUGCUGUGUAUGCUGUGGCCCACAGCCUGCACAAGAUAGUUAUGCAACAAAUAGACAUGGAAGAAAUGAGAAAUGGAGGAAGAAUGAAAAUUUCCCCCUGGAAGCUGAACCCCAUCCUGAAGAAUAUUCAAUUCACAAAUCCUGGUGGAGAUGCAGUAACAUUGAAUCCUUCAGAAAAAUUGCAUGAAGACUAUGACAUUCUGAACUUCUGGAAUUUUCCACAAGGCCUCGGAUAUAAAGAAAAAGUAGGAACAUUUUCCACAUAUUUUCCACCUGGUCAACAAUUGUCAUUGUCAGAAGACAGGAUACAGUGGAACACAGGAGAUGAACAGAUUCCCACAUCUGUAUGCAGUGAAAAUUGUAGUCCUGGAUUUAGGAAAUCUUUUCAUGAAGGCAAGUAUGCCUGCUGUUUUGAAUGCAGCCUCUGCCCAGAAAAUGAAAUCUCAAAUGGAACAGGCAAGUGCAUGCAUGCAUGGAAGAUGUAUAUUGACGAUUGUGUGAAGUGUCCAGAGGAUCAUUAUGCCAACACAGUAAGAACCCACUGCCUCCGAAAAGCAGUGAUAUUUCUAACUUAUAAAAAUUCCUUGGGGAUGACAUUUUCUGGUAUUGCCCUGUGCUUAUCUCUACUAACCACACUUGUUCUUGGGAUUUUUGUGAAGCACCAAAAGACUCCUGUUGUGAAGGCCAAUAACAUUACUUUCAGCUACAUACUGCUCAUCUCCCUAAUUUUCUGUUUUCUUUGCUCAUUUCUAUUCAUUGGUGAGCCGAACACACCUAUCUGCAUCUUGCAACAGACAGUAUUUGGAAUUGUUUUCACAGUAGCUGUGUCUACUGUCUUGGCUAAAACCAUUACAGUGGUUCUGGCCUUUAAGAUCUCAAGUCCAGGAAGAAGAAUGAAGGGGUUGCUUAUAUUAUUGGCACCCAAAUUCAUCAUUCUGAUCUGUACUCUUAUACAAAUUUUCUUUUGUGGAAUUUGGCUGGGAACAUCGCCGCCCUUUGUGGACAAGGAUUCAAAAUCUGAACAUGGUAAGAUCAUCAUACUGUGCAACAAGGGCUCAGUCACAGCGUUCUACUGUGUCCUGGGAUACCUGGGGUCUUUGUCCAUAGUGACCUUCACAGUAGCUUUUUUGGCCAGAAAUUUACCUGACAUGUUCAAUGAAGCCAAGUUCCUGACAUUCAGUAUGCUCAUUUUCUGCAGUGUCUGGAUCACCUUCCUCCCAGUCUACCACAGUAGUAAGGGAAGGAUCAUGGUGGUUUUGGAGGUCUUAUCAAUCUUGACCUCCAGUACAGGGCUCCUAGGCUGUAUCUUUUUUCCCAAGUGCUAUAUUAUUCUCCUGAGGCCUGAUAGGAACUCAUUGAAAGUCAUGAAAGAUAACAUUCUGUGGAAAUAG